CUUCAAAAAAAAAAAAAUACAACAAGAUAAUGUGAAUUUUUUUAAUACGUACUUCCCUAAAAAUGAAAUAAACCCUCCAAAACACUACCUCUCUAUGUCCUAACCCUUCUCAAAAAACUCUUAGAGAAGACAAGCCUCUGAUACAAUCUCUUCAAGAGAGAUUUUGUCUGAAGAGAAACAUCAUGGGAAACGAAGCAGCUCUGAGGUCAUCAAUGGUGAGUCUGGCCGUGUUGAUGGCUCUGGUGUGGGUUUGGACUCAGUCUCUGAAGAAGACUUUGGUUACUUAUCUCAUCGGUGUUUGUCUCAUCGCCGGCGUUUUAUUGCCCGACUGGGAUUUCUUCGACCGGCCCUUCUCCCGGUGGAUCUACCCUGUCUCCGCCGAGGAGAGAGCCGCCGCUCUUGCGGGAAAAUCCGGUCCCAAAAGGAUUAGAGUAUACCCUUUGAGGAUAAUCGUAUAUUGUACGGUCUACGGAUUUGCGAUACGCAAGUGGUGGACGCUCGUAUCGACUUGAAGUCAUCUUUAAAACAACUUGUAUUACUUACGUCAAUGUACUUGCCGAGUUAACAGAUGUCUAUUCUUUUCAA